AUGGAAAAGCCAGGACCGCCACCCAGCCGAGGGCACGCGUCUCCUAGAGAAUCAUCAGUCGUGGCCUCAUCCUCUGCGGAAAGACCAGAUGUCGUGCCAGCGACAGCUGAAGAUGCUUUAGCUGGGAUCCUACAAUCGAUGAACCUGGCACAGCAAGAAAUAGCUUCUGGCAAUCUGACAGCAGACCAGGAAAUCGCGUCCCGGACAACAUCGGCUUCCAUUACAGAAAUGCUCUUUGGAGCUACCCAGGAUCCAACCCACCUCGCCAAGGCCAUUCAGCAUUAUCAAGCAAUCAUUCGACUUCUCAAGACACCGUCUCUGGAGCGGGCAAAGUUCCUGGACAGACUGGCAUAUGUCGAGAUGACGAGCUUUAGUGUAUCCAAAUCAAUGGAAGUACUUGAUAGCUCCAUAACUCACUCAAAGCAAGCGAGGGACGAGGCUUUGCUGACGAAUGAUCCUUCGCUCUGCACAAUCUACCACAAUCUGGGAUACAGCAUCUCACACAGAGCACAGUUAACAAACAAUGCUACGGAUCUUGACGAGGCCAUUUGCUGUGGCCGAGAAAUCCUGAAACUUGCGCAUACAGACAGCCAGGAAUACCAGACAACUACAGUCAACCUCGGUGCUCGUCUACAUGCUCGAUACAAAAUGCGUCGCCAGGCUGAAGAUGCGGAAGAGGCUUUGUUGCUGCUAGAGAAACAACUUAAGAGCUUUCCUCCUGGCUCAGCACAGCACGGCUCUGCGUUGCUGGUCAGAGCAUACAUACUCCACGAUAGAUUUGAGCAGACCAAGGAUAUCAACCGCCUCGACAGUGCCAUCGCCGGCUUCGUGGCUGGAUUGACGUCACUCGGGAUGACUCAUGAGCGCCGACCCGAUGUUCUGCUCCAACUAUCACUUCUACACCACCAGAGGUACAAGCAGAGUGGCGACAAAGCGGACUUGGACGCUGCUCUAGGGCACUCACGGGAGAGACUUCAGUCAAUACCUUCUAUGUAUCAAAUUCGACCCGACCAUGUCUCAGAUUUCUUAUCUCAUCUUGUCGAGUAUGUCUACAUAGCUGAGUCUAUGGACAUCGUGGAAUCAGCCCUCGAGGAAGCUCGCCUGUUCCAUGAUGAAGUACCGAAGUCGCAUACAAAGCGACACUGUUGCAAUCUGUCGCUCGUUGGUAUCCUGUCCAAAAAAUACCUCAUUUCUCAUGAUAUCAAGCAUCUGAGAGAUCUCGUUUCGUUCGUCACUGUAAGCGUUGGCGAAUGGAACGAAAAACUUGACAUUACUCGUCCAAAAUUUCCUUCUGCCGAUUUGUUCAAUCUUUCUUCAUGCCUUGAGACAAUCGAGCGUGCUGCAGUAGAAAGCCCAGUUAGGCAACAGGCUCUGGCGCGACUCCUUCAAUGGCACAUCCCCAUCCACGAAUCCCGGAGACCAUUUGAAGGCCUGAUAGUCAUGUGCCGCGAGCACGGGCACGAACUUGAAAGUUUGUGCAGGCACCUGGCCUCUGAUCAUACGUUGUCACAGAGACAAAUUGAUGCGGACAUCGACAUGCUGAGGAAACAGGAAGCGAUAAAGUCGACAGAAGAUGAAGAAAGGUGGACCAGGAGCCGCAAGCUUGAUCAGGAUGAUUAUACCGAUUCUUUUUUUGGACACAGGAAGCUGGCCAUUGACCCUCAUCGCAAGCGAAUCGUAUUUUCCGCAGAAAGUCUAGUUAAGAGUGUCCUGGGCUACACGGAAGAUGAAGAUCCGAAAUCGUGGGCGAAUUUUGAGGCUCUAGAAGCGCGACUUGAAGACGAGAGCUUCGCAAAAGAGAAACUGGAAGGGAAAUCUCCCAAUCCCAACCUGUGCCGCGUUUGCAGGCAUGUCAAAUUACUGAAACCUAUGGAUGGUGGCGGCUUCACCUGGGGCAGCAACAAGUUCUUCCCUUUCGGGACAUAUUCUCAACUUCUUACCAGAAAACACUGCUCGAUUUGUCGCUUGAUCCUGUCGCUCGAUACAGUAGACGGAGGGCACACCCUGCAUCCACACCUCGCGCAGAUUGAUCGUGAAACACAAGGCACACAGUUCCAUGCACAACUCUUACCUUCUGGGGAGGUCAUGCUGGGGGUCGAGUAUGGCAUGACGACCGUCGGAGCACUGCGAUUGCUCAAACCAGACAAUUUAUCCGACGCCCUAAGACAGCCCUGUCCACGCCUUGCUUGGAAGUCUGUUCCUGAACAUUUACAACAAGCGGUAUCCACAGUUGCUCAGGGCGAUGAGAGAGUCGACUUUGGAAAGAUCCGCAGCUGGCUCUAUGAAUGUAACGGCAAUCAUGGAGAACUCUGCAACAGCCUGGGUAACACCCAGAGGUACGCCGGCGAGAUCCCGCUAAUCCUUAUCGAUGUCCAGGACAAUUGUUUGGUUCAAGCAUCAUCUGCGGAGAGGUACUUUACUCUGAGCUAUGCCUGGGGCAAGGUCAAGAUUUCCCAAACGAUCAAUGCUAAUAUCCAAGAUCGCUUUCAGAAGUCAAGCAUGGACCCCUCACAAUAUCCCAACACUAUACGAGACGCCAUGAUAUUCGUCCGAUCGCUGGGUGAGCGAUAUUUAUGGACCGAUGCGCUUUGUAUUAUCCAGGACGAUGCAACGAUGAAGGAACGGGACAUAGGACGAAUGGAUAUUGUGUACAAAAAGGUAUUCACCAAUAUUGUUGCUCUUGCAGGGCAUGAUGCCAAUGCUGGCUUGCCAGGAGUGUCACCCAACUCGAGAGCUCCACAGAGGGUCGAAGUUCUCUCGAUAACUUCAGGGUCAACUGACCUCGCUCUGCGAGAAGACCCUGUUGCUGAAACAGACACUGUCCGUUUGGUUUCCACUCCACAGCCUCUGGCUCAUGCGCAAACAAGCUCGACAUGGAAUACGCGAGGAUGGGUUUUGCAGGGGCAAACACUUGCUCGUCGAAACAUAUACUUCUCCCCCAGCUAUGUGUACUUCCAAUGCAGCAAGGAGGUUGUCUCUGAGACAAUGCUGCAAGGUAGAUAUACUGAAGAGGGUUCGAAAAGUGGAGGCCAGGAUGAUCCAGGUGAAGACGCCGACGAGGGACCUGCGUUUACUAUCAGAAACCCAAUCACAGAACUCCGUAAAAUAGAUACUUUCUCCGGCAUGUUGUCGGCCUUCAAAGAUGAUUUCCAGAGUGAGACGCUUUGUGGUCUCCCCAUUGCCGCACUUGAUCUUGGCCUCUUGUGGUCUCCCACGGAGCCAUUGCAGAGGAGGCCUGGAAAGGCAUCUACAACCUCUUCCUCGCCAUCUAAGGUUUGGCCAUCGACAUGCUCUACGCAUGGCGCAGUCACUCAGGAUUUUCCGACAUGGUCCUGGGCAGGUUGGGUCGGCGCCUCCGACUACCGUCUCCUGCCACUGGACAAAGAACCACCUCCUGACUCGCUGGUUGGCGAGUUUUUCAUAAUUCGUGAGGGAACGAUACUGCGACUGCUCGGAUAUCAGAGACCAUGCUCCGCUAAUGAUGCCAAAGCUUCACCGGGCCUUCUUGCUGAAUAUUUCGGCCGGAUAAGCAUGGAUGUCAGGCAGGCACAGAAAAAUAAAGUCCUCCAUUUUAUGCCGCCAUUCGUGGAUGGGCCCACUUUCUCAAUAGUUCGUGAUACUGAUCCAGUCUACUUGAGCAGUUCGAAGCAUAUCCAUCUUCAGACGCGUCAAGCUGUCGUCCGCAUUUAUGACAAACACGGCAAACAUUGCGGGAUUCUUUUCGAACACAUCGACUACCACUCAAUCCUGCGGCGAGUGCAAGGGCGGACGAAGCAAGACCUCGAAUCCCUGCGUACACUGAACGAUAAAAUCAUAAUCGCCAUUUCUCAGAGCAGGGAUGCCUAUGCGGAACGCGAAGGCCUGACCAGGGUCGAAGGUGAUGUCAAGCGGUUUGAUGCCUACGAGUUCCGCGCUCAGGGGCCCGGUAGUGGUUUGGUGAACGUGUUAGUGCUGCGGCCUGGUAUUGAUGCGUUUGAAAGGAUCGCCGUGGGACAGAUCCAUAGCAAGGCCUGGGAGGAGGCUGGACCACGCAGGUCGUGGAUUAAACUUGGCUGA